GCGGCCAGAGGCGGCGCGGGCGCGCGACUAGCAGGGUCCGGGGGCGAGCGCCGCGCGGGCCACCAUGGCCACGGACGAGCUGGCCAACAAGCUGAGCCGGCGACUGCAGAUGGAGGGCGAGGGCGGCGUCGAGGCCCCGGAGCAGCCCGGGCUGAACGGGGCGGCGGCGGCGGCGGCGGGGGCACCCGACGAGGCGGCCGAGGCGCUGGGCAGCGCGGACGAAGAGCUGAGCGCCAAGCUGCUGCGGCGCGCCGACCUCAACCAGGGCAUCGGCGAGCCCCAGUCGCCCAGCCGCCGCAUCUUCAACCCCUACACCGAGUUCAAGGAGUUCUCCAGGAAGCAGAUCAAGGACAUGGAGAAGAUGUUCAAGCAGUACGAUGCCGGCCGGGAUGGCUUCAUUGACCUGAUGGAGCUAAAGCUUAUGAUGGAGAAACUUGGAGCCCCCCAGACCCACCUGGGCCUGAAAAACAUGAUCAAGGAGGUGGAUGAGGACUUUGACAGCAAGCUCAGCUUCCGAGAGUUCCUCCUGAUUUUCCGCAAGGCAGCGGCUGGGGAGCUGCAGGAAGACAGCGGGCUGCACGUGCUGGCCCGCCUCUCCGAGAUCGAUGUGUCCACCGAGGGCGUCAAGGGGGCCAAGAGCUUCUUCGAGGCUAAGGUCGGAGUUACUGAGCGCCAGGCUGUAAGUGGAAGCAGUGAGGCUCAGAGAGGUCCAGGCCAUGAACGUGUCCAGCCGCUUCGAGGAGGAGAUCAAGGCAGAGCAGGAGGAGAGGAAGAAGCAGGCGGAGGAGAUGAAGCAGCGGAAGGCCGCCUUCAAGGAGCUGCAGUCCACCUUCAAGUAGCGAGGCUGCGCCGCACCGCUUGGCCCCGGCCCCGGCGCCCAGUCCCGCGGGCGAGGGUGGCGAGGGCCGGCAGACCGCAGGCCAAGCCUGAUCCUCGGCUCUGUCUGAAGGGACCAUGCUAAAAAGCUACACGUGUCUGUGAACAAGCCGGCUGAGGGGUCUCCCAGAGCGGCCCGGCCCCUCCCCGCUCCCUUCCGCUGUCCCUGAGGCCCUGACACCAGCCGCCUCCCGGCCUGGCCCAGCCCUCCCUGGCCAGUCCUGCACCUCUCGCCUCCUGGCCGCCCACUGCCUGCUGCAGCCGCUCCUGCUUCUGGCUCUAGGGCGCUCCCUGCCGGUGGGCUGCCUGCACACACACUCCUCCCUGUGCCUCUCCCUUUCCACCUCCUCCUCUACCCCCGCAGAGACCACCUGCCCUUAACCCACAGGCUGCACUGCCCCUGGGGCCCUCGAGCGCCCCCCCCUGACUGGGGGAGCGACAGGUGGCAAGAAUCGUGGCCGGCCCCAUAGAGCUGAUGGGUGGCACCCGGGCUCCCCAUCACCAGCACCUGUUCCUCUGGCCCUGCCUCCUCUCUCUGCUGGAAUCAAGGGGGGGGCUUCUAUCUUGGCGAAGGGACCCAGGCUCCUGGCACCCCAUGCUGGCAAGGAGACCCCAGCUCUCUGGGGCCCAGCCAGGCAGGGUGAGGGGGCAGCUGUGCCAAUCUACCUCAAGGGCCCACACUCUGCCGGCCAUGCCACGGAUUGUGGGCAGGGAAGGCUCUGAGGGCAGAAACACCAGUCCCUGGUCCCCUCCACCCCCACCCCCCCCGCUUUCCCUGGCCCUGAACAGCCUGAGGGUCUCUGGAGAGAAGAGGGUGGGGAGGAGGGAUUGGCCUCUUCAUAGGGAAGGAAACCAGCACGUCUCCAUUCUCCGGGAGGCGUCCAAGAAGUGCUUUAAGUGGUUUGCACGGACCAGGUUGUGGGGAGCAGGGGGCCUGGCUCAGCUCUUUCACGCCAUCCUUCCCCAAGUGACGUUCACCGCCUUGUCACCAGCAACGGGACAUGUCCUGUCACACCCACCCCCUGAGGGAGCAUGGGGACCCCAGCCCUCCCCGUGCCCAUCCCCAGAUGGGCCGUGGCCAAGCCUGUGCCACCGGCCCGGCCCUACGCGGCUCCCGAUGUGCUCGCUCACGUGUGUGCGUGUCUGUGUGUACGUGCGUCUGUGUCCAUUGCUGUGUCGCGAAGCUGUGCCCGUCCUCCAGUCCAAACAAACGCGUGGCCGCUGAGGCCACGGUUAUGCAACUUUCAGUGUGUGUUGUGACAGCGUCACUGCUUUUUAAACUCGGUAACUCUUUAUUUUAGUAAAAUGCCCCAAGAGUCUACAAAACUCCUGUUGGACUUGCAGAGUUGGACUUGCAGAGGUUUUAUUUUUUUGGCCUUAGAAUCUGCAGGAAUUAGGAGGUACUGACCCCAGUGCAGCAGCCUUGGCCCUGGAUUGCGUUUGCCUUAGCGGAUAUGUUUAUACAGAUGAAUAUAAAAAGGUCUUUUUCUUUUGG